AUGGGCUGGACUCCCGAUGUCAUCGCCGGCGUGACCAUCGCCGUCGUCUUCGCCGUCGUUGGCUGGGGCGGCUCGGCCUACUGCUGGUGGCACAAGAAACACGUUCCGCAGGGAGAGAUCUCCACGGUCGACAAGUGGCUCACUAAGACUGGCACGACCGGUGCCGGUGUGGCGGGGAUGCAAGCGGGCUAUGCGGCGCCCAUUGAGAUGCAGCGACCGCGGCAGAGAGAUCCGGAGAGAGAUGCGGGCGUGGUAGAGGGUGUUGAUACUAUGGGUGCUCCGCAGGUGCCGCCACCGGUGUAUGAGCCGCAGGAUCGACAUCGUGAUACUAGACAUCCAGAAGAGGUGCCGGCGUAUCAGGAGCGCACGUGA